UGAAACUUCGCAAACGGUACCCAGCGACGCUUAAUGCCGGCAUGGCGCGCGUGCGCGGUAUCGUUUGCGAUGUUUCAAAACAGUCACAGUGGGAAUAUAACAUGCGAAAAAAUGAACGACCCGUCUAAAUCACGGAAUUUGGCACAAAAAUGAUCUUGGGGAAAAAAAGUAAAUGGCCCGUCACUGUUGAAGAAGGAACAAAGAUGCCAGUUCUUCUACAAGAUUGCAGGUUUUGAUUUUCCGGAUGAAAUCGUACAGAACUACCUAAGCCCACCUGUUCUUAACAUUGCACAAGUAAAAGCGUCGCCGACGAAGAAGCGUGUUAGCGUAAUGGCGAAUGUGGAAGAGGUUGGAGAAGUCCGUAAUGUCGCAGGAGGGAAGAGAAUACGCACAGUCUCGUUAAAUGACGGAGAGGAGUCCAUUCGGCUUAGCCUCUGGGAAGAACAUACGGACAUUCCCAUUCACAUGAAUGAUCGACUCAAAAUCGAGUGUGUGGAGGUUUCGGAAUGGAACAACGUAAAACAAUUGGAUUCGACGUCAGCCAUGCGUGUUGAGCCAGUGGUAAUGAAUGAUGAGGAUAAGACUGGCCAAGUUAUUGCUCUUACGAGUGACAACCUGGAAUUACCAUAUGAAUUGAUUUUCGAAUGUGAUGGAACAGAAUACGAGGUCACCGUCAAUGGUCAAUCCAAUAUUGAAGUAAACCUGCACCAUCUGCCCACAAGGGGGAUCUUGAGCAUCCGGCAGGAGGGGAUGGUCAUGGUGUGCGUCAGGUUGAGACAGGAUGAUGUUUAAGUUUAUGUAAGACUUUACCUUAGGAUGUAUAGGUUUUAGCAGAGCCAUCAAUAAACAAAGUUCGGCCAACCCGGCUCGUUUAGGUUAUAACAUGGCGCAUAUUGCUUUGUUAGGCAAGCACAAUACAAAAGAAAAUGCGCCAUGUUGUUACCCAAAUGUAACCGAGUUGGCCAAACUCUGUUUACUAAUGGCUCUGGGUUUUAGUUGAAGGUAUAAAGUACAUGUUCAUGUUAAUAUUAUUUUGAUUUGGAUAUAAUUGGUGAUGUACAUUGCCUGUAUUUUCCUUUAGUUUUAUUAUUAUUUUUGCUUUUGGUAACUUUCAAGAAACUUCUUUCAUACAUCUAAGAUAAUAAAAAUAAAAGGUAUACACUCAAUAGAGCUUUCAUUUUUGUGAUCUUGCUUGAAAAAAUAUGGGUUAUCAAAAAUAAUGCAAAUUACAGGCAGUGCCACUAAUUAUUUUAGAUAUGUAACAUUUGACUUACAUUGAAUCAAUGUAAGUAUUAUCAAUUAUGUUGUGCAGAAAGUAUGAUUAUUUAAUUGUUUUCCAGAUGAGCAUGAUGCUAAUGAAACUAUUUUUGAUACUGUUAUAUUGGUAAACAAACCCAAAUACCUAGACAUGCAUACUUUAGUUAGAAAUAUAGUAUUAUUAUGUUUUUCCUAUGUAAACAUGUAUUAAAUUUUCACUAAACAGAAAAACCUCCAAAAAAUUAUGUUACCAAAUAUAUGCAAAACUCCAUUUUUAUUAAAAAAAUGAAGUUUAUUUUUGUUAUUGUGGUAAAAAUGUUUGUUUUAUAUUUUCUAUGAUAUGUAAACUUUUGACCCCAAUCGUACAUUUAAAUGUGAUUUUGUUGUUUUGGAUAUGGUUAUACAUAGUUGUUGGUUUUAACUGUUGGAAUACAGAGGUUAAAGGUCAAGGGCCACAGAUGUCACCCUUUUUUGAAAUAAUUUGUUUGAAGGGGGAGGCAUAUUAGACGUAGUUGUAUAAAUUGUCUGGUUUAUAUUUUUGUUAGCAAUUUAUACUAUAUACAUGUAAUUUUAAAGGUGAAUUUUAAGUGUUAGUUUUGGAGCCUGACAACCUUUUUUUUUUUGGGGGGGGGGGAGUAUUGAGAAUAUUCUCCAUAAUGUUGGUUAUAAUUGUUCUAUUUUAUCAACUUCCGUCACAUUGUUUGCGUUUUGUUUGAAACUGUUGGGUUUGAAAGUUCGAUCCUGUAAGAUAUGUUACAAUUUUCUUGUGCAUUAUAGAUAUUUCUGUUCAUGGUCAAGUAUUAAGUUGCAUUUGAAUCAUUGCUUUCUUAAAAUGUGUUAAUUGUAUGACAGAGAGUAAGUAAAAAAAUAUGAUUACAGAGAUUUUACGUUCCGUAUGAAAGUUAUAUCGAUCCGGUAAUAUUCCUGUGCCGUAUGGAUAUUAAUAGGUCAAGUGUAAAGAUGUAUAUGAAUGAUUGCUUUCCUAAAAUGUGUUAAUUGUAGGUCAGAAAGUAAGAUAAUAAAAAUAAAAGGUAUACACUCAAUAGAGCUUUCAUUUUUGUGAUCUUGCUUGAAAAAAUAUGGAUAAUCAAAAAUAAUGCAAAUUACAGGCAGUGCCACUAAUUAUUUUAGAUAUGUAACAUUUGACCUAGAUUGAAUCAAUGUAAGUAUUAUCAAUUAUGUUGUGCAGAAAGUAUGAUUAUUUAAUUGUUUUCCAGAUGAGCAUGAUGCUAAUGAAACUAUUUUUGAUACUGUUAUAUUGGUAAACAAACCCAAAUACCUAGACAUGCAUACUUUAGUUAGAAAUAUAGUAUUAUUAUGUUUUUCCUAUGUAAACAUGUAUUAAAUUUUCACUAAACAGAAAAACCUCCAAAAAAUUAUGUUACCAAAUAUAUGCAAAACUCCAUUUUUAUUAAAAAAAUGAAGUUUAUUUUUGUUAUUGUGGUAAAAAUGUUUGUUUUAUAUUUUCUAUGAUAUGUAAACUUUUGACCCCAAUCGUACAUUUAAAUGUGAUUUUGUUGUUUUGGAUAUGGUUAUACAUAGUUGUUGGUUUUAACUGUUGGAAUACAGAGGUUAAAGGUCAAGGGCCACAGAUGUCACCCUUUUUUGAAAUAAUUUGUUUUAAGGGGGAGGCAUAUUAGACGUAGUUGUAUAAAUUGUCUUGUUUAUAUUUUUGUUAGCAAUUUAUACUAUAUACAUGUAAUUUUAAAGGUGAAUUUUAAGUGUUAGUUUUGGAGCCUGACAACCUUUUUUUUUUGGGGGGGGGGGGGGAGUAUUGAGAAUAUUCUCCAUAAUGUUGGUUAUAAUUGUUCUAUUUUAUCAACUUCCGUCACAUUGUUUGCGUUUUGUUUGAAACUGUUGGGUUUGAAAGUUCGAUCCUGUAAGAUAUGUUACAAUUUUCUUGUGCAUUAUAGAUAUUUCUGUUCAUGGUCAAGUAUUAAGUUGCAUUUGAAUGAUUGCUUUCUUAAAAUGUGUUAAUUGUAUGACAGAGAGUAAGUAAAAAAAAAUAUGAUUACAGAGAUUAUACGUUCCGUAUGAAAGUUAUAUCGAUCCGGUAAUAUUCCUGUGCCGUAUGGAUAUUAAUAGGUCAAGUGUAAAGAUGUAUAUGAAUGAUUGCUUUCCUAAAAUGUGUUAAUUGUACGUCAGAAAGUAAGGAAAUAUUUGAAAAAAUGUUAUUUACUAAGUUUAGAUUGUUGCAAGAAAUUAACAUUUGAAAUGUUUCACAAUAGGAGCAAAGUAUACACAUCUGGGGUAGAUUUAAUUUGUAAUGUUUUAUUUGUUGUGAAGAUUUUAGUAGUUAUUAGCACAGUUUAAAACAAAAUAUGUUAUAGUGCAUCCCAUAAAAAAGUACCCUGUACUCUUAUUUCCUCAUAAGGUAUAACUUACCAUGAAAGUAAUUAAGUUCUGUAUUAUUGAAGAGAAUAUAAGUUAAUCUUUAACAUGAAAUAAAACAAGGUCAUACAAUUUAUACAUAUAUAUAUGAUGCUUUUAAAUUUGGGUAUACUAUUUUUUUCUGUGAUGCAUGUGUAGUGUUUAACAUAUACAAUUGGAUCAACAAUACAAUGAUACAGAUGAAAAGUUGCAUAAAGUUGCUUCUAUUAGUGUUUAUAUUUGUAUUAAAGUAUUUUUUAAUAUA